GGCGCUGUCGUUGCACUACUCUUUUCGAGCGUAGCACGCGCAAUCGGUUUGGAUAUUAGCGAUGAACGUACGUGGUGGAGUCUAGAUUAUCCCUCCAUGUCAAUUAUGAAGGAGAACGAGAAGCUAAUGUUUGAGUUCAUGACAGAGUCAAUCAAAGAUGCCGCGAGUACCUCGACUUACGCUAUGAUGAAAUACUAUUACGGCAACGAGACCGGUCAAAUCCCUGGAGCCUUUCCAGACAAAUGGUGGGAAGGAGCUCCACUAUUUAUGGCCCUGUUAGAGUACUGGCAUUUUACUGGCGACACGACAUACAAUGAGGAACUAAGUGUUGGGUUGCAAUGGCAAUCCGGUACGGAUGGGGACUAUAUGCCUACCAACUACAGUUCUUAUUUGGGAAACGAUGACCAAAUGUUCUGGGGUCUAGCAGCUAUGACGGCCGCCGAGUUCUCGUUCCCGGACCGCUCGACUGGAUUCUCUUGGCUUUCUCUAGCCCAGGGUGUCUUCAAUACUCAGAUCAAAAGAUGGGAUACAUCCUCCUGUGGGGGUGGUCUACGGUGGCAAAUCUGGCCCUACCAGUCUGGCUAUACAAUGAAAAACGCGAUCUCUAAUGGGGGGUUAUUUCAGUUAUCUGCGCGUCUAGCUCGCUACACCGGAGACGCAAUCUAUCUCCAGUGGGCUAACAAGAUUUGGGAUUGGUCUGUCUCAUCACCUCUGCUUAGCAACUCAACAUGGAAUGUUGCCGAUUCUACCAAUGUCGAUAAUGAUUGUGCGACCCAAGGAAACUCCCAAUGGACGUAUAACUAUGGCACUUACCUGAUGGGGGCAGCGUAUAUGUACGACUAUACAAAUGGGACUACCCAGACUCAAUGGCUGACGGCAGUAAAUGGUCUAUUGAACGCGACGUUUAAGAACUUUUUCCUCACCGGUGGGAUCAUUGAAGACUAUUACUGCGAGCCUGCAGAAAACUGCAAUAACAACGAGAUCCUCUUCAAAGGACUGACCUCCUCCUGGUUGGCAUUUACCGCUUUACUUGUUCCAUCAACAUUUGACAGCAUUCUUGCGAAGCUCCAAACAUCGGGCCAGGCAGCCGCUGCAUCCUGCACGGGCCACAGCAAUGGCACUUGUGGUGUCCAGUGGUACAAGUCUACAUGGGACGGCUGGAUGGGAAUGGAGGAACAGAUCAGCGCGACAAAAAUCUUCACGUCAAAUUUGAUCAAUUUUAACAAGACUGCUCCGUUGACCUCGACCACUGGCGGAAACAGUACUAGCAAUCCAACAGCAGGCGAAGCUGACAGUGAUGCUUCUAGUCAAAUGACGAAUACAGUGACAACUGCUGACAAGGCAGGCGCUGGCAUAGUGACCGCAGUCUUCGUGGCUGGCUGGAUUGGACUCAUGUGUUUCAUGAUGUUUGGUGGUUGA